AUGUCGGACUCAGGUGGAACUUCUCCAGCUCCAAGCUCGGGGGCGAAGAGGCAAAGAGCACCUACGAUAACAAUCGAUACCUCUGCUGUUCGUAACAUGAGUCCACCUCAAGCUAUGGAUAACGACGCGGUUGCUUUGAGGGCUCUACCCAACUCCCCUUCAACUUUACAAGGCGAUAUCAGUCCUGCGACAUAUGAUGGAACAGGAUCACAACCUCGAGCUCCUCAUCAUUCUAGUCAAGGGAGUCAUUCGUCGAUACCACAAUUAAGAGCGACAAACUCAUUCGACAGCCGAGAUAGCAGGCCGACAUCACCACAUAAUGUUUCAUCGCCAACGUCCAGAGGCACUCCGGGGUUCCUGGCAGUUCCUGGUCUUCGAUCACGACAAAACUCGAUCGAAUCUGACGAUGGAAACCAUUCAAAUACAAAUUACAGCGGCGACACUUACGCUGGAGGCUCAAACGCAGGACAGAUGGAUAAACACAGAGAGUUGGAUGGAAAUAAUGAUAUAAUGAAUGACCCGGAUGCUUUGAAGCCGGAUCUAGGAACUGAAGAGGACUUUGAAGUUGAAAACAACAGUUUUGGAUUCUCUCAAGGACAACUUAAUAAAUUAGUCAAUGGUAAAAGUUUGGCGGCUUUCUACGCCCUCGGAGGUCUUGCAGGAUUAGAAAAGGGAUUACGGACGGAUCGAAGAAGUGGUUUGAGUGUGGACGAGCAUUCAUUAGAUGGAACGAUAUCUUUCGAGGAAGCAAGAGCUGCCGCAUCUCGAGAUUCACCAGAUCUCAGCGAACAAUCGAAGUCUUCGAAGAUUCCAAUAGCUACCAAGGUAUCUUCGUUGCCAUCGACAGGGUCUGGACAUGGUCAAUCGAAUACUCAAGUACAGGGUGCUUAUUCUGAUCGAAAACGCGUCUUCAAGGACAAUCGAUUACCCGAGAAGAAAGGCAAAAGCAUUUUCGAAUUAAUGUGGAUUACUUAUAAUGACAAGGUUCUGAUCCUGCUGUCAAUAGCAGCCGCGAUAUCAUUGGGUGUUGGACUAUACCAAACUUUUGGAACGAAACACGACGCAGAACAUCCUCCUAUCGAAUGGGUUGAAGGUGUUGCUAUCAUAGUAGCCAUUUUGGUUGUGGUUAUUGUGGGAUCUCUUAACGAUUAUCAAAAGGAACGCCAAUUCGUCAAACUUAAUAAGAAAAAGGAAGAUCGUGAUGUGAACGUGAUUCGGUCUGGAAAAACUGUGGAAAUCUCGGUAUUCGAUGUUUUGGUUGGUGACGUUAUGCAUCUAGAACCAGGAGAUAUGAUCCCCGUGGAUGGAAUCUUCAUCGAAGGACACAAUGUUGUAUGCAACGAAUCUCAGACAACCGGAGAAUCUGAUUUGAUCCGAAAGCGACCAGCUGAUGAAGUCUACAAUGCAAUUCAAAAUCACGACAACUUGAGGAAAUUGGACCCUUUCAUCCUUUCGGGAGCCCAGGUCAGUGAGGGUGUUGGAACAUUCAUGGUCACAGCUACAGGUGUGAACUCCAUGUACGGAAAGACAUUGGUUGCACUUCGAGAAGAUCCUGAAUCUACACCUCUUCAAACAAAACUGAACACACUCGCCGAAUACAUUGCGAAACUUGGUGGUGCCGCAGGUUUACUCCUCUUCAUCGUCCUGUUUAUCGAAUUUCUGGUCCGUCUCCCCAAAAAUCACAAUACUCCAACCGAAAAGGGUCAAGAAUUUCUCAACAUUUUCAUCGUCACAGUUACAAUUAUUGUGGUUGCUGUUCCUGAAGGUUUACCGCUUGCCGUCACACUAGCCUUGGCUUUUGCUACGACUCGCAUGUUGAAGGACAACAAUUUGGUUAGACAUCUCAAAGCUUGUGAGGUCAUGGGGAAUGCUACUACUAUUUGCUCGGACAAGACUGGUACUUUGACUCAGAACAAGAUGUUAGUUGUUGCAGGAACCGUGGGAACUAGCUCUCGAUUUGGUGGUACAAUUGAAUCGAUCGAUAAAGAUCAAGUGGACAAAGGCAAGCAACCACAGCGAGAAGUAGACAAUAUGUCUCCAGGAGAAGUGGUAUCCACUUUGGAUCCAAGUGUCAAGGAAUUAAUCAAGCACUCGGUUGUUCUAAACUCUACAGCUUUCGAGGGCGAGGUUGAAGGUCAAAGCAGCUUCAUCGGUUCUAAAACAGAAACUGCGCUCUUGCUUUUCGUACGGGAACACAUCGGACUCAGUUCACUCGACCAAGAGCGCUCUAAUGCCACCAUCACACAAUUGAUUCCUUUUGAUUCAGGCCGAAAAUGUAUGGGAGUUGUCGUACAACUUGACAACGGAAAAUACAGGCUCUACGUUAAGGGUGCUUCUGAGAUUCUUCUCGAAAAGUGCUCGGACAUCAUUCGCGACCCAACUAAGGACACUAGCAGCGUUCACAUGACCGAUGAUAACCGUCAAACUUUGACUUCGCUCAUUGACAAUUAUGCUUCCCGAUCGCUUCGUACCAUCGCCCUCGUAUACAAAGAUUUCGAUAGAUGGCCUGCCAAGGGCGCUCGGAUCAUUGAAGGAGAGAAAAAUCAAGCUGUUUUCGAUGAUAUUUUCAAGCAUAUGGUUCUCUUGGGCAUUGUAGGAAUUCAGGAUCCUCUUCGUGAUGGUGUCCCCGAGGCUGUUCGUAUUUGUCAAAACGCCGGUGUGAUUGUUCGCAUGGUUACUGGAGAUAACAUGGUCACUGCUAAAGCUAUCGCCGAAGAGUGUGGUAUCUACACUCCGGGCGGUAUCAUCAUGGAAGGUCCAACUUUCCGAAAUUUGAGUCAGGCCAAGAAGGAGCAGAUGAUUCCACGUUUACAAGUCCUUGCACGAUCCAGUCCAAAAGACAAAGAGGAUUUGGUUAAAGCUCUCAAGAAACUUGGCGAAACUGUUGCAGUUACUGGUGAUGGUACUAAUGAUGCGCCUGCCUUAAAGAAGGCUGACGUUGGUUUCUCUAUGGGUAUUGCUGGUACUGAGGUUGCAAAGGAAGCUUCUGCUAUCAUUCUUAUGGACGAUAACUUCAACUCGAUUGUCAAGGCUAUGAUGUGGGGACGUGCUGUUAACGAUGCAGUAAAAAAAUUCUUGCAAUUUCAAGUUACUGUCAACAUUACUGCCGUUCUCUUAACUUUCAUUUCAGCUGUUGCCAGUUCGGACGAAACUUCUGUUCUUACUGCUGUACAAUUGUUGUGGGUCAACCUUAUUAUGGAUACCAUGGCAGCUCUUGCAUUGGCUACCGAUCCACCAACUGCGAGCAUUCUUGAUCGAAAACCGGACCCCAAAUCUGCACCUCUUAUCACCAUGACGAUGUGGAAAAUGAUUAUUGGCGAAUCGAUUUAUCAACUUACCAUCACCUUACUUUUGUUCUUUGGCGCUGAAAGCAUUCUUUCGUAUCAAUCCGAUCGUGAAAUUGCACAGAUUCCAACUCUUGUCUUCAACACAUUUGUGUGGAUGCAAAUCUUCAAUCAAUGGAAUAACCGUCGUCUUGAUAACAAGUUCAACAUCUUUGAAGGAGUCUCUCGCAAUUGGUUCUUCAUGGCAAUCAAUGUUGUCAUGGUCGGUGGUCAGGUUAUGAUCAUUUUUGUUGGUGGCAAAGCUUUUAAUGUAGUUCAUCUCAACGCAGCUCAAUGGGCAUACUCCAUCAUUCUCGGGUUCUUGUCUAUCCCGGUUGGAGCUUGCAUUCGUCUCAUCCCUGAUGAGUUACUCAUCUCGCUGGUCCCAAGCUAUUUGAAGAACCGAAAGAAGAAUCCAGAAGUAACCAUCUCUGAUGAGGAGGAGCAGUUCAGAUUCCCUAAGCCAUUGGCAGAUGUCAAAGAAGAAUUGACUUUCCUCAAGAAGUUUAAGGGUGGUCGAUUGAACAACUUGAAAUUUGCCAUGCAACAAACUCGCGAUCAAUUAUUGCCACGUUCUAGGAGUGGUUCUCGAUCAAGAGAAAAUUCUAUAGCACCAGGAACACCUUCAGACGAUCCCAACCGAGAGGACGCUUUUGGCAAGAAUGGCUACUCAACUCCUGAAACCCGCAAACGUGGACGAAGCACCAGAUCUCGAUCAAAUUCAGCAUUAGGUGCCACGACUGUCAUGGCUGGUAUCAUCGCUGGUAGUGUUGCUGGAUGGUCUCCGAUUGAGAGAAACUACGGUGAGAGCGACGCGAUGGGAUUUACACGUUCUAAAGCAAGAUCCGAAAUCGAAGCUUCUGAUGAAAUUCAAAUUCACCCAGAUACCAAGCCGGAUGAUCCAAUCAUCACCGAAAACCCAACUCAUCUCGAUGCUCCACCAUCCCAAAUCCCGGAAAUCUCACCAGUCCCUGCGGCUGACAUUCCGACGUUGAAGAUUCCUACUCCAACAAAGAAAUCUUCAAACGAUGAAUAA